GGAAACUGCACCAGGCUUUUGCAGCUAUAGUUUAAUUCGGGACCCAAAAGGCCAGACGAUCGUUUCUCAGCCGGCACAGUUGUCCUGAUGAGCGAAGAAGGGGUGGUUAAAGAAGGCAUCCUGCUGAAGAUGUCUCAGCAGAAGAAGAAAAUCUCACCCAAAAACUAUAAGGAGCGGCUCUUCAUACUGACCAAUAAGACUCUGAGUUACUACGAACAUGAAAAGGGGAAGCGGAAGGCAAAGAAGGGAGUGGUGGCAGCAGAGAAAAUUUGCUGUGUGGAGAUAGUUGAGCCUGAAGACAAUGCACCUGCACAGAGAGAGUUUCCCUUUCAGAUUGCAUAUGACGACUGCAUCCUGUACCUGUUUGCAAAGGAUGAUGCAGAUAGGAGAGACUGGAUAGAUGUCUUAAUGAAUGUAAUAAAGGACAAUUCCAAGCUCUCUAUAAAGUACCACAAAGGAUUUUGGAUGGACGGAAAGUUCUCCUGCUGUGGCCAGACUGUGAAGAACGCUCCAGGCUGCAUUCAGUGGCAUAAAGAUUCUGCAGAUGGUCUAAUAUCAUCGGUUCGCAGGUUUGGAGCGUCUUCUUUGUCUUCCAAGCACAGGGAAAGCGUCCACUUGCCCCCCAUCCCAGAGAGUGAGGUCAGCAGUGCUUUGGAGAUCAUGGCUCUGUAUGACUACUCCGCCCAGAGUCCUGAAGAGCUGAGUCUGGUGAAAGGGAGCGUGUAUGUCUGUUUGGAAAAGAGCUCAGAUGACUGGUGGAAAGUCAGAGACACAGAUGGUUUUGAAGGAUUCAUCCCUGCUAAUUACACAAAGGAGCUGGAAAUUAAAGACUACAGCAUAAAGACUGAAAUACCAAGGAGAUCCCUAAAAGAGCGACCCAGUGGAACUAAAUCACAUUCAGCUGAGUCACUUUCAAGCAUCUCACCAGAGAAAGACAGCAUAGAAGACUACCCCUGGUAUGUGGGAAACAUGUCUCGAGCAAAGACUGAGCAGAUGCUUCGCGAGAAGGGAAAGGUUGGCUCUUUUGUGGUCAGAGAUUCCAGUAAAAGGGGAUCCUACACAGUAUCUUUAUUAAAUCAAGCAACAGAUGAGGUAACUGGGACAGUCAGUCAUUACCUCAUUAACGUGAAUGCCGAGGGGAAAUAUUAUCUGGCCGAGAACCACCUUUUCGACACCAUCCCCCGAAUGAUAGAGUACCACCAACAUAAUUCAGCAGGCAUGUCGACUAGACUACGCCGCCCUGCAACAGAAUCUGAUGACACACCCCCUUCAGCACACGGUGAAUGGGAGCUGUGUCGUGAAGACGUGGAACUGGUGAAGGAGCUGGGCAGUGGGCAGUUUGGGGUGGUGCAGCUAGGCAUGUGGAAGGGUCAGCAUGAAGUGGCGAUUAAAAUGGUGAAAGAGGGCUGCAUGUCGUCUGAUGAUUUUAUAGAUGAAGCCCAGAUCAUGAUGAAACUGAGGCAUCCUAAGCUAGUGAGGCUACAUGGUGUGUGCACCGAACGUUUUCCCAUCUAUAUUGUGACCGAGUUUAUGAGUAAUGGCUGUCUGCUGGACUUCCUGAGGAGCCAUGGAAAAGAAAUGCAGCCUCCACAGCUUCUUAACAUGUGUCUGGAUGUGUGUGAGGCUAUGGCCUACCUCGAGGAUCAGCAGUUCAUUCAUAGAGAUCUCGCUGCCAGGAACUGUUUGGUGGAUAAAGAUCUUACAGUUAAAGUGUCUGACUUUGGAAUGGCAAGAUACGUGUUGGAUGAUCAGUACACCAGUUCUCCAGGUACCAAGUUUCCUGUGAAGUGGUCAGCCCCUGAGGUUUUGAACUACACCAAAUUUAGCAGCAAGUCAGACGUGUGGGCUUUUGGUGUGCUGAUGUGGGAGGUGUACAGUCUGGGGAAGCAGCCCUAUGAGCACUACGAUAAUGGGCAAGUUGCGGAGAAAGUAAUGCAAGGCCAUCGCCUGUAUAGACCACAGCUGGCUACAGAUCAGAUCUACCAAGUUAUGAAAGCAUGCUGGCAUGAGGCUCCAGAGGAGAGGCCAAAUUUCCAGCUGCUUCUUAAUGAUCUUAGUACAUUUGAGGAGAACAAGUGACGUCAUUCUGCAGUAAUCACUAAACCGUGCUUUUCUUUUUAAUGCACUGUAUUUCCUAAUUACUAUAUGAAGACAGUUAAGCAGGGAGUGACCCUGCAUAUGCAACUACAAAUACUAACAACUUCUAACAACAAUAAUAACUAACUGUUAAUUUGAAUGUAUGAGAAUACUACCAUUGCUGUGAUUAAACAAAUUAUUUUCAUUUAAAUACAAUACACACUAAACCCUGAAUUGUGAAA